GCUGAGUUAUCUGAAUGUCGUUCUUCUUCUAUGGAGUCUACUAGUUAUCAAGUUGCAGAAUUAGAAGCUGAAAAUAUAAGGCUAAAAAAAGAAAAAACUGAAUGUUACUUGGAUUAUUUGGAUCAAGAAAAGAACAGAAUUAAUGUAAAGUUACUAUAUAAAUUUUAUAAAGAGCUUACGUUAAGACAGAUUGAAAUUAAUGUGCUUCAAGAAAAAGUGCAUGACUUAGAAAAACAAGUAAUAAGUAGAAAUACAAUAAUUUUUGAAAAUGAAAGCAAUGUAGAUGUAAUACCAACACAAAGCUUUAUGAAUUUAGAAGAUGAGAACAAGCAACUUGUUGAACAAGUCUUAGAACAAAAUAAAAGAAUAACAAGAAUAUUAAGAGUUAAAGAGGUAAAGCUAUCACUGAUUAAUUUUGAAACAGUGAUCCAAAAGUAUGAAGAGGCUGUAUAUAAUUAUCUAGGUUAUAAGUUUAAAGUUUCUGAUAAUAAUGACAUUCAUUUAAUAUUAGUUAAAGAUGACAGUGACAGUGAUAUGA